AUGGACACUUCGGAGUCCGCAGAUGAUGGGGAGCGGGCAGUGGAGCAGAGACCCCGCACGCGGUCCAACCCAGAAGGCGCAGAAGACAGGGCAGCACCCAUACAGCCUGUUGUGGGCAGCCGGAGUGAGGGCGAAGGAGAGGCAGCUCAGGUAGAGGAUCCAUCACCACCAGCCACAGCUCCUCCAAGCUGUGCUCUUCCUCCACCUCCAGAAUACCAAAUAAAGACUCCAAGAGUGAACUGCCCAGAAAAAGUGAUUAUUUGUCUGGAUUUGUCUGAAGAAAUGUCCUCCCAGAAACUGGAAUCCUUUAAUGGGUCCAAAGCCAAUGCUCUCAAUUCUUCACAGAAGAUGAUUGAGAUGUUUGUUCGAACAAAGCACAAAAUAGAUAAGAGACAUGAAUUUGCACUGGUAGUUGCAAACAAUGAGGCUAUGUGGUUGUCUGGAUUUACUUCUGACCCUCGGGAGGUUUGCAGCUGCCUAUAUGAUCUGGAAACUAACGUAUGUGAGUCCUUCAAUCUUGAAGGCCUCUUUAACCUAAUACAGCAGAGGACAGAAUUUCCAGUCACCGAAAAUGUACAGACUGUUCCUCCCCCGUAUGUAGUGAGGAUCAUUCUGAUAUACAGUCGCCCAGCCACUCAGCCCCAGCUUACCCUCACGGAAAACAUGAAGAAAAUGCUGCAGUGCCCUUACUUCUUCUUAGAUGUUGUCUACAUCCACAAUGGGUCUGAGGAAGAAGAUAUGAGCUGGAAGGAUGUGUUUGGAUUCCUUAGUAGCUUGGAUCCUAAAGGCACUAGCUACAAAUACGAGGUUUCGAUAACAGGAUCUGCUCUGGAACUUCACAAUUGUAUGGCGAGAUUGCUUGCACAUCCCCUCCAGCGCCCAUUCCAGAGUCAUGCCUCCUACAGCCUUCUAGAGGAAGAAGAAGAGAGCACAGAAGGGGAGGUUACAGUCUGA